UCUUAGCCUCACUCUCUUCUUCUCAAACUAACAAUGGAACCUCCCUUUCUCAAACUUGUAAUGCUCAAAGGUCCACGACAAGGCGAAUCCCUUGAAUUCCCACCCGGAUCCGACAUCCGAAUCGGUCGGGUCGUCCGUGGCAACACCCUUCCCAUUAAGGAUACUGGCAUAUCCUCCAAACACCUCUCCAUCCAAACUGAAUCGGGUAAAUGGGUGCUCCGAGACCUCGACUCCUCAAACGGCACCGUAUUUGACGGCUCCAACAUCCCUCCUCACACCCCCUUCUACCUCCACGACGGCGCCACCAUCAAGAUCGGAGAGCUCACAUCCAUCCACGUCAUCCUCCUCGACCAUCAAGAGCUUUACCCGAGCAUGCGCGGUCGAACCGGGCCCCAGGUCGACGCGGUUGAACCGGGUCCGAUGGGUGAGAGCUCUGAUGCACCGGUUCCGAAACCAGCGCGUGGAAGAGGGAAGGGUUUGAAGCGCAAAGUUCAGAUUCAGAGCAUCGACGAAAACGUUAGCGUAAAUGUUGGCAACGAAUCUGGGUAUGUGGAUCGACCCGCGAAUACGAGGGCAACCCGAAAUUCGAAGAACAAGGUUGCAGCGUCUGAUUCGAAGGUGGAAGUACCCAAGAAUACCCGGGUCACCCGGAAUUCGAAGAAUAAGCAAAGUGUAGUUCAAAUUUCUGAUUCGGAUACUCCGGUGGAAGAACCCAAGAAUACCCGGGUCACCCGGAAUUCGAAGAAUAAGCAAAGUGUAGUUCAAAUUUCUGAUUCGGAUGCUCCGGUGGAAGAACUCAAGAACAAACUGCGAACCCGGCAUUCGGAGAAGAAGCAGAGUGCGCUUGAAGUCUAUGAUUCAGAUGCUCCGUUGGAAGAACCGAAGAAUAAACGGGUGACCCGAAAUUCGAAGAAGCAGAGUAGUCCUAACAAUUCAAGCUUGGAGUGUAGAGUGGAGAAUGCUGAGGCAAAGAAAACGAGGGUUGGUACCAAUAGGAGGAAAUUACAGGAAGAGAGUGCUGAAUUGGAGGAGGCUAAGGUUGAUGAUGGUGGUGUUAAAGAUGGAGAUGAAGAUGGCAAUGGGAAAGAAAAGGAGAAUUUGAAUGGAGAUACGAAUUGCCCUGAUUUGGAGAAGUUGAGUCUUGGUGAGUGGUUUGAUUUCUUAGAAGUUCACUUGCCAAAACAGAUAGUCGAUGCAACUGAAGAGAUUAUUGAUUCCAUGAGACAAAAUGCUGAGAAACUCCGCGAGUACAUCAUAAUGCACAAGAACGACAAGACUGAAACGAAAUGCUCGUGAAAUGUUAAUUUCCUGUUGAUUUUACAAGUUUCUUUCACUUGUUUGUUUCUAAGUAUGGUUAGUAACAUAAACCAUGGUCUUGAAAAUUUUAACUCCUGCUGUAAACGCUGUAUUAUAUGCAAUAGGUUUGUA